AUUUUUUAGGGGCAAAUAUCGGCUGUUUGACAACACUGACAACAACUGUACUAGCGUGCGCGUAUUUUACAUUUACAAUUAAAAUUGGCGAAGCAACUCGAUUUUCGGCAAACAAAAAGCGAAGAAGAAGAGGAGGCAAGCGAAAAUAAGUGAGCGUGUGUGUGUGUCUCGAGAGCGCUUCGGCAGUUUGUGUGUUUUGCGCCAGAGAGCGAAAGAGAGAGGUCUAGUGUGCGUGUGUGUGCGUGAAGGGACGCCGCUAAAAAAGGCGCAGAAAAGAAAAGAAAAGCGAGGAUUUUCUUUAUUCGCUUGCUAAUUUAAAACCGCCAGCAAAAUAAUGGAGGAAGUUGCGGUAAAGAAGCGCGGUCGGCCGCCAAAGGCAGCCAGCGCUGGUGGAUCCGCCUCGUCGGCGGCGGCGGCAGCUUCGCCGGGCGCCAAAAAGCGCGGUCGUCCCGCCAAGAACAAGGGAGCGAGUGCACCAAGCGGCGGCGGCGGCCAGCGGGGUCGCCCGCCCAAGGCGUCCAAAAUCCAAAACGACGACGACGAGGAUGAGGACGAGGAGGAGGAGGACUCCGGCAACGAGCUGGCCAACAACUCCUCCCCCUCGCCCCCGGCGAAGGGCAGGGGACGCCCCAGGAGCACCGGCGGCGGUGGCGGCGGAGAUGCGGUCAAGACGCCCGGUUCCGCCAAAAAACGCAAGGCCGGCAGGCCCAAGAAGCAUCAGCCCAGCGAUAGCGAGGAGGAAGGCAAGUACAACAAAAGAGUUUUUACUGUACAGUAA